AUGGACAAGAACAUACGUCGCGACUCAUUGACUACAAAACUGUCAGAGGCGAUUGAAAAGAAGAGCACAUCAACCCCAAUAUCUGCAAACGAAAACAACAAAGCAGCCGACACAAAAUCUGCUUCUCAGACUCCGUCCAGAAGUGUCAGCCCGAAUGUGCUGCCGCCCAUGUCAGCACAGAAGUCCAACGCUUCCCCUGCAAAGACUCCCAAAACUAAUUCUACAGUGAGGGAAGCAUCGCCCGCUGUAGCAAAGCCAAGUCAAAUUCCCAUGUCAUCUUCAAGUAGGUCACCCUCGCCUGCUUUGGCAAAGACGACAGCUCCGGUCACUUCGGAAAAGAAGAGCCCGACACCAGCUACGGUAAGCAAGGACGCUACGCCGACGAAGACGUCCCAGACAACAGCUUCAAAUGUGGGAACCCCAGUCAAAAAGGAAACUCUCCCAGCUGUUGCAACUACUAAACCACCUGGUACUACCAAAAGUUUAUCUCCUAGCUCAGAUAAAGCUCCCCCUAAGGAGGUAAAAGCAAAAAGCGAGGAGAAGGCAAAAGCAUCCCUUCCCUUUAUUGUGACGGCGUCCAUAGAGAAUCCGACUGACGUUAGUCCUGUGGAGCCAACUGCGGAAUUUACGAUCUCACUGAAUGGCACAAAGAAGGUAAGAGGGAUUUAUUGUUUUUGUUUAAAGAUCAUGGAUAAUAAAAGGAGUUUGGCUGCUAUGGAACUUUUUCUAGCCACAAUUUCUCGAAAUCACUUGCAAUUUUUUGAGAAUUACAGAAGAAAUAUUAAACCCACAGUUUUUCCAAGUUCAAGUGACGAUUAUAGAAAUGGUAAAUAUACAACAGCUCAAUAG